ACCACUACCGUCACCGUCACCACCAACGCUGUCACUGAUACUGAUAACUAGCCUCAGUAACAACAACAAAACAGGAAUUUAUGAUCAACACACAAAAUUGUAAAUGCGAUCAGUCAACCCUCCCGAGAGUAACUCCAUAAUACCUACUGUAUUGUAUGCCACACUCUUGCAUCAGAGAGAUACGUACAAACUAGUAUAUCGCUUGCUCUGUCUUGUGUUGGAGACUACGUGUUACUAAUGCUGCUGCCAUCAGUGUUACAUGCACUUCAUUGUAACCGCCGCCGCGAAGUGACACACAAAGCUGUGUACAGUACAUUCUGUGAAAAGCCAUGUCCUGUAGAUCAUUGCAGUUGUAAGAGACCUCUAGUCAGAAAAUUGUUGGAGUGAGUGUUCUUUGCAGAUCAUUAGCGGAAGGGAAAUAUUUCUUUGAUAAUCUAAAGCAUAACUAAUAUAGAGAUAAACGUGCAACAACGUACAGCUGAUUGAUGAUUGUGAAAUAUCUAAAAAAAAAUCCCUUCAAGUGUGUGUGUCUAUUAUUCACAAAUUUGUAAGAGUAAGCGUUCUUUCCGAGUCAAAACUGAAAAAAAAAGCUUUACUUACUAUUUAUUCUAUCUGAAAAAAAAAAAAACUGGCGUACAACCGACAUAAGGAAAUAAAAUCACACAAAUUGGUUCUCUAUCAACCCGAUCACCUCACACUAGCCCGCCAGCCAGCCAGCCUCACAGUCCCUGGCAGCAGCCCUAUUACUUUACAUAGUCCCUGCCAAAGUAUCAGUGAGCUCUUUCACGAACCGUUGCAAACAUGGCGAGCUGAUUAAAGCUUACUGCAGAUAUAGAGUUGGAAAUAAAGGAAUAAAAUAAAUCAAGAUAAACUGAACUUAAAGAAUGAGAACUGUUUGGGACUGGGUGACUGCGACUCACCUUGUGCUUAUUCUUGUGUGUGGAACUUUGUGUCGCGUGUGUACAAGCCAAGGUGAAACAGUGGCAGGUGUUGAGUCUGCGUCACCUGCUGGGGGUCACCGUUAUCAUCACGGCACCACCACCACCACCACCACCGCAGAGUCUCCUGUCCACUCCAUACCUCUCACAAGCCAGACAGCAGCAGUGGGUCGCUUUUUGCUGUCCGUGGUGCGCAUCGCCAACACGGGGUGCGGCGCGGACGGUUCUAGCGGCAUCUGCUACACCGCCACGGAAUGCCGCCAGCGAGGAGGCACCGCCAUCGGAUCCUGCGCUCGAGGCUUCGGCGUGUGUUGCUACAAGGAGAUAACCUGUGGAGACACCACGUCCACCAACUGCACGUAUGUUGUGAGUCCGGGCUACCCCUCCACGUACAGCGAUGCCCUCACCUGUACCAUGACAGUGCUCCACACGCCAGACGUCUGCCAGCUGCGCUUUGACUUUGACACCUUCGAGACCUUCCCGCCAGACCAGUUUGGAGUGUGCCAGGAGGACCAGUUCACCGUGGACGGCGAGAGAAAGUUUACUUAUCUGUGUGGCACUGCUCCUGCAAACUGGCACUUCUACUUGGACGUGGCAGGCAAGAACAGCCCCACAGUGCUCACCUUCCUCACCACCACCGCAGCCUUCCGCAGGAGGUUCAAGAUUAAGGUGUCCAUGAUCAAGUGCUCUCAGAAAGUGCCGGGAGGGUGCGGGCAGUACUUGACGGGAACCUCAGGUGUGGUGCAGAGCUUCAACUACGGUGGCUUCUACCUGGCUGGCCUCGACUACGGCAUCUGCUUUCGGAAAGAGAAGGGACACUGCACCACCACCCUCACCACCUUGGGGCCGUCCUACACUGGCUGCCCAGACCUGUACAGGCUGCCGGUGGGACAGUUCUCGGGCACCACUGGCAUCCUGGGUCUCGAUGUGGGCAACAUGUUUUGUCAACUCAACAUUGGCUUCUUCCCGCCUUUCCUCAGCCUCGCCUCCAUCCCGUCCCCGCUGACCUCAGUGACCCACGGCCCCCUCACACUCUGGGUGCAGACGCUGGUGGAUGGCUUAGUCAACUUUAACAGCAACAGAAAUUGCCCUUCGUGCUCAGGCUUCUUCCAGCAGUACAUGCACAACUCGUGCUGAGACACUGUCACUGGGGCUCCACUCCUCCACUGCUGUGUCACAGCGGGCGAUACUCCACUCCCUUCGUCAACAAACUGUCGUUGGGCCACCACUCCUCCACUGCUGUGUCACAGCGGGCGCUACUCCACUCUCUUCACCAACAUCUGUCAUUGUCCAGCACUCAGGACUGACAGCGACUACACAGCCUGUGUACCUUUUUUUGGCCAACAAUUUGUCACUAUGCACAAUUGGUGGGGAGUUGCGAACAUGGAAGCAGUGACCCGGACAUGACAAGUCCAUAAUAACAUUACUUUUAUUUGUCUAUCUUAUUUUCAUUUAUGUUUCAUUCAUUUAUUUAUUCUUUUUUUUUAUCUAACUCUCUACAACAUGUAUGUACUGCGUGUAUUUACCUAGUUGUAGUUUUACAGGGCCUGGGCUUUAUGCUCGUGUGGCCCCGUCUCCAUAUCUACACUUAUCCAAUUUUUUUUUUAAACU